ACGAUUUCGGAGUCGGGGACUGGGAAGUUAGGAAUCAUGAGAUGAAUAAUCAUGACAGAUCUGAAGUGCGGGACAAGAACUGAUUUCUUGUAAAAUGUCAGUUUUUGAAAUGAUGGAAUUUGCAUUGAUUAAAAUCAGCUGGAACUGAAGACUUUGAUCAGAAUGCUUUAAUUGGGUUUGAUGAAAAAGAAAAAAAAAGCGUGUGCGGAAAGUUUGGGCACAUCGAGGAGAAUAAAAGUUUCCCAAAGUGACAUUUAACGAAAACUUCAAAAAUGCAUUCUGUUCUUCGUGACCCCCGGACCUAUGUCCGCCAGGAACCCCUCCCCGUUUACAUUCCCAAUGGGGUCAAAGUUCAGGCACGCAGCUUGAAGGUGUUUAACCCUACUAUACCCUCCAGGAAUGAUAUGCGGAGUGCAAACAUUCGCCGUCGCCACUCUCAGAUGACCUCCCAAGGGUUUCGUUCUGUGAAUUUCAAACCCUACCAUGGAAUCGGCGACCCAUUUUACCUAGACCAACAACAACUUAUUCUUCAUGCAUUGGGACAGUUGGAAGAGAGUAAAGACCUGUCUAAUCGCAGUGACGCAGGGCAUGAUGGGAUAGAUCCUCAGACAGAGUCCUAUUCACAGAGGAAGACCAAAAUUGCGACAAAAUUUGUGUUACGACGAGACAGGCAAGGGUUGAACACGCUAAAGAAAGAAGUCAAACAAGGACGAACUCUGGUGAGAAAUGUCAAGCUGGGACAUGGCUUAUUUGAUCUGAUCAAACAGCAGAGACAUGCUAAGAGGGCACAAGCAGAAGCUGAUCGAAAGCGAAAAGAAGAAGCCGCAAGAACAGAUUGGCAACCACCAAAAUUUCACAGCUCUGACGACGACACAGAAUCCUCAGAUGAGGAAUUGGGGCAAGAUGUGAGUCUGAACAGUUUCAUGAGUGACACAGAUCGUGCUGAUACUGAUGAUGAAGGUUUUGACCAAUCACAUGCUUUGGAGUCAGACAGCCCUGAUGGAAAAGGGCGUGUCACUUUCAGUGGGCUUGAAAAUCCUGAUUGCUCAGUGAUCACACAAAGCCGCCCCGUGAGUACGCGAAAGAAGAAAGCCCAAGAGCUUCGCCCAUAUACACCUCAGCACAACAGCCUUGUGGAGGCGAAUGACCUUCAGUUCUGCUCCAAGUCUGCGCUGUUCCGUCAGCUGUGCGUGCUGUUCUGGAUCCUGGAAAGUAUGAACAUGGAACAGCCACACCUGAUGGGAAAUAUUAGUCAGUCCUGGAACCUGGUGCACAUCGGGGGCACGAAAACCCACCCAAGGAAGGCCCAGGAGAGGCGUUUGGCAGAAACAAAGUGGGACAACUUUGUCAACAAAGACCCCUCCGUACACAGAGGAGUUAAGCGUGCUAGUGCAAGCAGAAGCCGAUUAACCCCACGCCGCAUGACGCUGCACCCCAGGAUGUCCAUCUUCUCCACUGCCAGUGUGUCGUCUGUAACCACUCCAAACUCUUCCAAUUAUGCUGGCGGAGCUAUCCCAGAAACUUCCCCUGUGAGCGCCUCACAGGAAGUGACGAAUUCGGCAAACCAAGCAGAUCCAGAUGAUGAUGCUGCCGUCAACACAAGCAUAUUCAAAUUUUUGGAUGAAUAUUAUGCGUCAUUAGACCGUGAUCGUGCUCAGGGAGAUGGCGUUGAAUCCAAAGCUGAGCAAGGGGCGGGGUCAGGUGAAGCUCCACCCUCCUCUGCCUUAUCUGACAGGGCACAACUAGAUAGCAGGAAUGAUCGUCGAUCAAAAACACCCAGAGCGUCUGUAGUGUUUUCCUCUGGGAGAAUGGACUCUGUGAGAAGAAGUCAGCAUGAAAACACAGUCAGAAGUUUAGAUCAGAAUGGUUGUUCUGCUAGGUCUAUGAUGGCAAGCCAGCACACCGUACGACCCAAAAGCACUCCAGCUGUACUAGAAUUUCAAGCCUCAUUGCCUAGUAACAAGUUAGAAACAUUACCAGCAGACAUGAAGGAAAUGUUUGCUGAAAUUAAAGAAGACAAAGCCUCAGAGAUAAAUGACACCCUGGAGCAAAUAGAAAGAAAUCGUCUAAAAACUUGCCAGAACAAGUUCAUCGCUCUGAGCAUGUUGGCCAAAAAAGGGGAGACUUUUCAUAACGCUGUCAAGGUCAUACGACCAAAGAAGAAACCACCCAGUCAGCAACAAGAGCAACAACUGAGGAAGAAGUCUUCCAUCCAUUGUACUUGGUACUUGGAGUUGCUGGACAGUUUGCCACCAAGUUUGAAAGCCGAAUGGAAUUUCGAAAAAAUUUUAGAUAAAUUGAAAAAAUAUGGUCUGAAAAACUUUGACAGUAGUUUGGAAUCUCAUCUCGAUGAUCCAUGUGUUGAAGGAAGUGGAAAACAGAGUGUGUAUAAGUUUUUGAAUGUCUUGAAAGGAUUGCGAAGUUGGGAAAUCUGCAAUCCUGACGUAAGUGCUGCUAUUGAGUUCUGUCGUCGCAACGUUGUCGAAAUGACAGUUUCAGAGUUUGAAGAAUGGUUCCAGCAAACUUUCCCUACUAUUGAAAGACCUCAGACUGCACCUCCAGUACUGAAGAAUGGCCGCAAGGGAGCUAACUUCUCCAGUGGUCUUGCCAAGGCAUGAUUGAAGGGACAAAGUUUGUCAUGGUAAAGUUAUCCAGUGUGGAAUGUCUCUGAACACAGGAGAAAUCCAUCAGUGAGAAAAGCAAGCAGGAGAAAACUGUGUGGGAAAAGCAAUCUGAAAACUGGAGGUGAGAAACCCAAGUUGAAAAGUGAGAAACACAUUCAGAAAACUGGUUGGUGGGUGGGGGGGGGGAGGUGAGAAAAGCAAACAGAACCUGAGUGAGAAAAACCAUCAGAAACUGGGCGUGAGAAAAGCAAAUGGAAAGCAGAGUGAGAAAAGCCUUUAGAACAAUAGGUGAGAAGAUCAUAGGCAUUCACUGUCAUUGAGAAAAGCGAAGGGAAAACGUAGUUUGUGAAGAAGGAACGAAAAUUGUCAGUGAGAAAUCGAAGGGAAGACUUUUAGUGAACAUAUCAAGCAAUGCCCAGUGUGGGCAAGCUAAAACUUUUGCAAAAUGGGUUAUUAAUUGCAAGACGGUCAGUGAACAUAUUGAAACAGUGUUGCAAGAAGGAGAGCAAUUGGAAGAAAACCGACUGUUGCAAAUAAAACUACUCUACCUGUGUGAACAAGUGUUAUGAAAGUGAGGAACUACCUGUGACAAUUUUGUGACAAGUCAUUGUUGCAAUAAUCUUCUGUUGUUGAAAAAUUGUUGCAACAAUGACUAAUUUUGAAAUUACUGUUCCAAGAAGAUUUACUUCUUAUUCACGGAAAGUCGGACAUAAUUUUUGGUGUAUCGUAUAUGGAAUAUUUGGUGUAGAUUCCCUCUGGUGUCAUGGUUACAAGCAUUGCCUGGUUCAGUUUGUACAGUGUAAUUAUUGUCAGCCAUAUUGACUUGUUUUGUUUGAUGAUGAUGAUUUGUGUGUCUGUUUUUGUUGACUUUGAUCGUCGUAAUUGAAUGAUUCGUUUGCGUGUUUGUGCUUGACAUGUUGUUGUUGUUGAAUUCAGCUUUUUUUGUUGAUAAAUUGAGAUAACUUAUCCUUGUUGACUCAAGUUGAGCUAUUUCUGUUGACCAGUUCAUAUUCAUGCGGAUUAAUCUGGAGAUCAUUAACCAUCCAGUUUUAAAAUGCUUUGUUCGUUUUGUCUUAUUGUGUCAUCGUUUUGUUUGUGUUGAUUAGCUCGGCCAUUUUCUGUCCAGUAAACUAUACAGCGUCAAAGUUAUUUGAAGGAUUAAGACACGAAAUACAUGUUAUUUGACGAAAAAAAGAAUAAAACUGUUGUUGAACAACACUGAAAUUCAUGAACAUUAAAAACUGUGAUACAGUUAACAUCGAAGAAGGCAAAUGGAGGGUUUAACUACAUUUUGUUAUUUGUACAUAACUACAAUAUAUAUAUGAUUGACUAUUAUUACAUUUCAUAUUUAGUACAUGAGAAUAAUUUACUAUUAUCCUCUUGAUGUGUAUAUCUAUUUAUUGUAAUAUAUAGAGAGAGAUAU